AUGAAUUUUGAUAAUAUCUUUCGGCGUUUCAUAUUGACCCAAUCAUUUGUACGUGGUUGGGGAAAUCCAUUGCAUCUGCAAGAAAUUUUUAUGUAUCGUCGCGAUAAAAUUGGUGUUAGAGAUGAAUGUUUAAAACUUGUACCAGCUGAAAGUGUACAAGACAAUACUAUUGAAAUUGUUAAACAAGAGAUAAAAGGUGAUUGCACUUAUAUUCAUGGUCGAUUUCGUUCACCACUUGCCGAUUAUUUACCCAAUUUGGUCCCACCCGAAAUAGCUACAGCUCAUUUUCAACUUAUUUUACCACGUGAUCAUCGGUUAGGUAUAGAUCCAAUACCCAUAGGACUUUGCUAUGCCGGAACCGGUGAUCACGGUUUCAGUCGACGACGACUAGUCACUGCAGUACCAUUAAUAAAUCAAUAUCGAAUAGCUUCCAUUCUUCUUGAAAAUCCAUAUUACGGUUUAAGAAAGCCCCCACAACAAUCGCGUUCAUCAUUAUUCUAUGUUACCGAUUUAUAUAUUAUGGGUAAAGCACUUAUUUUAGAAACACUGGUAUUACUUCACUGGUGUCAAAAAAUGAAAUUAACGCCAGCUAUUCUGCAUGGAUUCUCUCUUGGAGGACAUAUGGCUUCGUUAGCAUUUACAAACUGGCCUGGACCUCUUUCUCUAUUAUCCUGUGCUUCCUGGUCAACAAGUUCGACAGUAUAUUGUGAUGGUGUACUUUCACGCACUAUCCCAUGGGCACUUUUAAAACAGCAAUUCUAUGAAAACAAAGCAUAUCAAACAUUCUAUGAAUAUUUACGUGAACGAAAUCGAUCUACUGAUUCCAAUAUGACGAUUGCCGAUCCUAUUAAAGAUAUGAUGCGCCUUUUAAUGGAUGAAUUUACGUCUCUGUUCAAUUAUUCACGUCCAGUACAAUCGAACAUAUCCAAUGCUCUGUUUAUUGCUUGUAUAAACGAUGGAUAUAUCAUACGUGAUGGUAUUCCACAUAUGAAUGAUUUAUGGCCAGGUUGUCAUAUCCGAUAUAUUCCUCGUGGGCAUAUCAGCGCAUUCUUAUUAAAUCAAUCAGGAUUUCACGAUGCUGUUGCUGAAAUGUUGCAACGACAACAACCCGAUGUAAAAUUAAAAAAGUAUCCAAUUAUAACACCAGCCUCUAUUGCUUCACCUGGAAAGUCAUGA